AAACAGACUGAAGAAUAGUGUAUAGCCUGGCAAGAAAGUAGGGGUCAAAGCUUCUCUCUAUACCUUUUCCUACUAGUCAGAUACUGAGAAAUACGCUGAGAAAUAAGCGGCUUACAAUGCUCACUUCUCCUUUACCACAGAGAGCCAGUUUUGGUUGUGCCACAAUUUCUUAUCCACAGUUUCACUGCUCGCCUUUUACAGGUGGUGCAGUAAACAUGUGCAUGUGGGUCUGAAACACUUUAGAACCAUACAAUUAUGUUAGCAAAGCUUAUGCAUUGGUGUGGAAUACGGAAUGAGCUCGAAGCUCAAUCGAACGUCUGUUAUGGAUAUGAGACUGCCUGGCGGCAUAUAUCAUCUUGUUAAGGAAGCCCAGUGUGGCAGCAUUAUGAAGUCGGCUACGGAGGAGGAGAGUAGCCGCUUGGUGCGGACCUUCCCCAAGAUGACUGAGGGCCAAGUGGACGUGGGCACACAGACAGAGCCUGUGGUGGUGCUAUCUCUGGCGCAGGCAGCCGUUCUCGGGCUCAUCUCCCAGAAUGAAAUCUUUGGGGCCACCAUCGCACCUAAUGGCUUUUACACAGGAGAACCCAGAGAAUGUCCUCCUCCUCCACCUGAGGCAAUGGAGUAUGAGUAUGCUGACCAGCUAAUAGGGGCCAAUGGGGACUACCUGGCUGAACCUGCUGGGGAGCCUGAACCCCAGCCCCACUGCAGUGAAAGAAGACGACCUGGGCCUCGAGGGAGGACCAAAAGGCCCAGAAAUGAUGCAGAUUUAGAGGGUCAAGUACACAAAGUAUCAACUCCACAGACUCAGGUUAAAGGUGAACACCUCGAGUCUGAUUCCCCUCCUUCCUGCAUUCUCAUGGACAGCAGGCGUAGUCCUGGCAAGUCAGAGGAUCCAGUCACCCGACAAAGUUCUCUGAAAGAGGAGCAGACCUGCGGAAACUGUCCCUCAUGUGUGAGAGAUACAUCCAGACAAACAGAAGGGCAGCCAGAACAAGAACAAGAAGAAAAUACUGGUGGAGAAAAAGUAAGAAAGGAAGAGGAGCUGGUUGUGGAAGAAGAAGAGGAGGAGGCACUAAAUCUCAAGACCACUGGAGAGAGUGGCAGUCCUCUGGAGAACCGUUAUUAUGAGUCCAAUGAGGUGGCUUAUGAGUCUGCUGAUAUGGCACUGCCAGGGGAGUAUGAGGAGAACAGCCAGGCCAUGCUGUGGUCUGACCCAGAGGGCCUUGCUAGGCGAAUGCAAAUUGACCGGCUGGACAUCAACGUACAGAUCGAUGAGUCUUACUGCGUUGAUGUGGGAGAGGGUCUGAAACGCUGGAAGUGCCGCAUGUGUGAGAAGUCAUACACAUCCAAAUACAACCUUGUAACGCAUAUUCUAGGCCAUAAUGGAAUUAAGCCCCAUGAAUGUCUACACUGUGGAAAACUCUUCAAGCAGCCGAGCCACCUCCAGACUCACCUGCUCACCCACCAGGGAACCAGACCUCACAAGUGCACCGUUUGUGAAAAGGCCUUCACGCAGACCAGCCAUCUGAAGAGGCACAUGCUGCAGCACUCGGACGUCAAGCCCUACAGCUGUCGCUUCUGUGGCCGUGGCUUUGCCUACCCGAGCGAGUUAAGGACCCACGAGAACAAACACGAGAACGGUCAGUGCCAUGUCUGCACCCAGUGUGGUCUUGAGUUCCCUACCUACGCACACCUGAAGCGCCACCUGACCAGCCAUCAGGGCCCGACCACAUACCAGUGCACAGAGUGCCAUAAGUCCUUCGCUUACCGCAGCCAACUACAAAACCAUCUGAUGAAACACCAGAACGUGCGACCCUACGUUUGCCCCGAGUGCGGCAUGGAGUUUGUCCAGAUCCACCACCUCAGACAACACGCUCUCACUCACAAGGUACUGGCAGCGCACACCCUUGCAACUAAGGGUAUGAAAGAAUUCAAGUGUGACGUCUGUGCCAGAGAGUUCACCUUGUCUGCCAACCUGAAGAGACACAUGUUGAUUCAUGCCAGUGUGAGGCCCUUCCAGUGCCACGUCUGCUUCAAGACCUUUGUCCAGAAGCAGACCCUUAAAACGCACAUGAUCGUCCACCUGCCGGUCAAGCCUUUCAAAUGCAAGGUGUGCGGAAAGUCGUUCAACAGAAUGUACAACCUCCUCGGCCACAUGCAUCUCCAUGCCGGCAGCAAGCCCUUCAAGUGCCCUUACUGCACCAGCAAGUUCAACCUGAAGGGCAACCUCAGCCGACACAUGAAGGUCAAACACGGCAUCAUGGACACUUCAGUAGAUGGACAAGAACCCCCCCAGGACACAGAAGGCCAGGAGGACUAUGAAGAGGAGAGCUUUGAAUUCAGCGAGCGAGAAAACCGGGCUAACAACAACAAUACUCCAGAAAUUGCUAAACUAUCUCAAAUAGAGUAUUAUAGCACCUAUGGGAAGGGCACAGGGCGCUUCAGCACUACAUGAAUUAUUAAAAUCACCCCAAAUUGAAUAGAAGUGCAAACUAAAGAAAACGCAGUUGUUUUUGGUUUUUGUUGUUAAAGGCAUAGUGCUUGGGUUUUUCCUUCAAGAAUGAGAACAAACCCGGCAAACUGCACAUUCAUAUGCACUGGAAUCACUUGUACAACACAAAAUUUGGAAAUGUAUACUUUUUACAUUAUUAAAUAUUUUUCAUCUCAAAAACACAGCACAUCUACUUAAUAAAUAUAUUUGACAAAAAUGGACUGUCAAAAACCGGGACAAUUCGGUGACAAAAAAAUAAAUAAAUGUUGUGAGCUGCUUAACUACAGGAACACUAUCUGAGCCUAAUUUGAAAAGCACAUUUUUAGCUACAAGCAUAAAAGCAUACGGUGAUGUUACUGCACUUACUCAUUCAGACAAUCCCGGUCCUUCUCUCAGUCUACUGGGGCAAGCUAAUGUGAAGGGUUAAAGACGGGAACAAGUAUUGCUGUGCAUUUCACAUGCCAAAGCAUAACAAUUUACUUUGAUUCAUACUGUGAUAAAUUAAAUCUGAGGUGUGCAAAAUGAGUGAUAUUCCACUGCAUUUGCAAUCCGUGUUUUACUGUAUAUUAUUGUACAGAAUGUAUCAGUCCUCUUGUAUGCUGGCUGGUACCGUAACCAGUGCGUUGCACUGAGGACCUCUGUGUCUACUUUUUAGGUUUCUGCAUUAACAAGCAUCACCCUGUAUUGAUCUCUAGUCUAUGAAUGUAAUUGUUUCUGUGGAAUGUUUUAUGAUGCUAAUGAAAAGAAAAUCAAAAUACCUUUUUUUUCUUUUUCUUUUUUUAAAAAAAUGGUAGGAUCCCUUUACCAAAGACUUGGAUCAAACCUUGCAGCUAUCGGCACUGUAAGUCUCUCUGCCUUGCUGUUGUGUUGAGCUGGGACAUUGGAUUUCUUGGGGUCCAAUCGCAGACCUCAUGAAAUUACAUUCAGGUUUCCCACCAUCCCAUCUGUAGAUCUCUUUAAAAGAUUACCACAGAGAACAGACUGUGGCACAGCUUUCUUUCAACCAAACCUCACCGUUUUCUCCUAGUCCAGGCCUUCACAUACAAGACUGCAGUAUUUUUGAGAAGCAAUGCAAACCCUGCAUUUGUUUUCCAGUUGCGUUUUUUUUUUAAAUAAAUAAAUAAAUGGAUGAAUCUCAACAAGAGCUGUCCCAAAAAACUCAGAAAUAUUAAGUGCCCCAGUGUGUCUGCAAGAGCAUGCCAUCCAUCAUGCUGUACACUGGUCUCAAGUGAUGAACGACAACCUCCCAACAUGUGACAGGGCCACGGACCUUGCAGAAAAUGAUUUGGGAAAUGCUCAAUAUAUUCAGUUUCCCAGUGCUUAGCUUUUCAAACUUGUAAACUGCAAACAAGGUAUCCAUCUGCAAUGUUGAUAGAGCGCAAUUAAAAUAAAAAUGCUCAAUUUUG